AUGAAUCUUCUGGAUCGUAAUCUCGAGAAACUUCGUGAACAAACAUCUACGUUCAAGGCAUCUACAGCUUACUAUGUUGCUCACGAAGCCAUAGCGGCGAUAGCGUUCCUCCACGGUAUGAGGUAUAUCCAUCGUGAUGUUAAACUAACCAAUAUUUGUGCCGGUGCCGGCACCUUAAUGACCCGAAUUUAUCUAAUCGAUUACGGUGACACCGUGAAAAAGGGCAAAAAGAUCAGAUAUGGGACACCCGACGGCUACACGUUGCCAUACUGGAGCUUAGACGCUCACAGACGCGCAGCUGCUCGUGAAAGAACUGACGUCGAAUCGUGGUUCUACGUCUUGGUCGAUCUACUCGCACCGGGAGUAUUACCUUGGGCAAAAAUGAACAACGAACAGGCUAUGGAAGCUGAGAAAGCGAGUUUUUGGGAAGGUGAGUGCCAGAUAGCGAAAGGCUGCUGUAGCUUCCGAGGCUAUAGGAUUCCUUUGUCACGCAGGACCUCUGCUUCCCCUAAAUAG